AUGUUGCAACGUCACAGUUUUAUCGACUUAAAUAUUUUUGGUUGCGUUUCUAAUUCACGUAAAAAUACAAUGGAUAAUACACGAGAUGAAAUGAAAGAUUUACGCUCAUUUACAGGCGUAAAUACGCCAUAUCGGUUAAUGGCUGUUUCUCCGAAUGCCACAAAAAUUCUUUUCAAAAAAAAUAACAAACAGCUUUACUUGUUCUCCUUGGAUAACGAAAUGAAUAGCAAUGAUUAUUCCAUUACUGGAAUGGACUCAAGUCAUGAAACUGAUACGAUAUUUGAUGUAGCAUUUUUAAAUGAUGAUACGAUUUGUUUGGUACUACAAAAUCGUGAAGGUAAAUUAUACAUCACAAAAGGUGUACUCAAUUUAGCAUCAAAAUUGGUCAUUAUUUGUGGUGCAAUUACUUUCACGCAAAUUAUUUGCAAAAAGCAUCAUACGACUACCGUAAUAUACGAUGAAACUGGUGCAGUACUCAUAUCAUAUCCAUUAUCAUUUCAAAGCAAAAAUAAUAACGAUCCACCAAAAAUAUCACUUUUGCAUUUAUCGCAUUUUUACACUGGCGAACGUGUACGUACUGUAAUUAUUGAACCGUUCGUCAAGGAUAAAAAAGCUUUGUUUUGCGAUCCAUUCAUUUAUCAAAAUUGCGUAUAUUUAUUCAAUCGAUUUGAAAGUACAUUACUAAGUGUUGCAAUUACCGGAAAAAGCCGCGGUACAGCUCAAGUCCGAGGUAUAAAUCCCGAUGCUCGCUUUCAAAAACCAAAUAGUCGCUAUGCUAAUCGAUGUUUGUUAUUACUCGGCAAUACUGUAUUAGUUUAUUGCCAUCAGCGACUGGAUAAGCCUGAGCAAGAACCUCAACUUUGGAUCCUAAAUAUGAAAAAAAUGUCUUGGCGUCGAUUACACUUAAUCUUAAACCAUCACUAUCCGGUGGUUUUGGUAAAUUUUCAAAAAGCUCUCAGUACAAAUUUAGCAUUUUUACACGGUGAAUGUGGACGAAGUAAAUGUCAAGAAAAAGUUCAUUUGUAUCAGCUAAGUACAAUUCAAGACUGUAUGAACCAAAUUACUACAUCAAAUCGUACAAGUUUGAUUGAUCGAAAAAUUUGUGAGCAAUCAAAAGAGCGAUCAUCAAGUAAUGUUGUACUGCAUCGUUCAACUAUUUAUUCAACAAAUAACAAUGAUACGAUAAAAAAAAUUGCGCCAACAAUUAGUGGUCUCAUUGAUUCAGCAAAUAUCACUUCUUCCAUUGCACCAUCACUCCGUUACAUCAGAAAAUUUAAUCGCUAUAAAUCUACAGCAGAAGUUUUAUCCAAUUUUAUGUGA